AUAUUGGAUUCUGUUAGCUGUUCUCACAUGAAUUUGCAACGAGCUCCUGAAAAGCGACGAUAAACGACAGCAUCGAAAAUAUUCUCCGAUGUUCCCGUUGUGAGCAAUCAUCGGCGAACAGCACUACGGCAGAGCUUUCCUUAUCAAUUGUGGCUGCCACAUGGGGAAUCUAUUCUUGACCCGCUCUCAAAUUUAAAAAUCUUACAGCCUUGUUAAGCUUGUUCCAAAUUUAUCGCCUGCUCCUUCCUAAUAUCGGCAGAAGAACCCCUCCCCUCGCGGUCACGGAAGCCAUUACCGCGCGCACCGGCAGCCUCCGCCGCGCCCGCCCAUGUCUCCGGCUCCCCCGUCGAGCGGCCGCAUCCGGCCGUGGCUGGUCGUUGGCGACCUGGUCCUGGCGGCGCUAUGGGUGAGCGUGGGCGCGCUGGUUAAGCUGUUUGUGUACAGCGUGCUCGGCCUCGGCGGGCGCCCGGAGGCUGAAGCCGCCAAGGUUGCGCUCUCCGUCGUCUACAUGUUCCUCUUCGCCUGGCUCGAAUCCGUCACCGGCGGCGCCUCCUACAACCCGCUUACCGCCCUCGCCGGCGCACUGGCCUCCCGUGGUGGCCUCGCCCUCUACCUCUUCACCGUCUUCGUACGGAUCCCUGCUCAGGUGCUUGGGGCGGUUCUUGGAGUGACGGUCAUCCAGGAAGCUUUUCCUAAAGUAGGUAAAGGAGCUGUCUUAAGCGUCGGUGUUCAUCAUGGAGCGUUAGUUGAAGGACUGGCAACUCUUAUGGUUGUCAUGAUGUCAGUGACACUUAAGAAGAAAGAGAUGAAUGGGUUCUUUAUGAAGACAUGGAUCUCAAGCAUUUGGAAAAAUACGAUUCAUAUCCUUAGCUCGCAUAUAACUGGAGGGAUCAUGAACCCCGCAUCUGCUUUUGCUUGGGCUUAUGCUCGAGGAGAUCACACCACAUUUGACCACCUAUUGGUAUAUUGGCUUGCACCCCUCCAAGCAACAUUGCUAGGAGUAUGGGUAGUUACCUUCUUAACUAAACCCAAGAAGAUCAAGGACAACAAGAAGGAUCAAUAGACGAUUGUUGAAAUGGUGUCCACCAUUUGUUCUGGAGCAAGAACUUCAGUCCCCGUUAUUAUGUAUCAUUUUCCACAAAUGUUCAUUUGUUAGCUUGUGGAAGCCUCCUUAAUGUGCAUUUCUUACAUCUGGCUUGGCCUAAACUGUGCCGAAGCUUGUACAUAAUUGUUCCGGCCAGAUGCUGUUAACUGUAGGGAGGAGAUGAUACAGCCCAAGUGCAGUUGAAAUGUAAGUUAUUACUGCACAAAAACUCUGUUGAAACCAUCAUCCGUCUCAAGCUGACAAUUGACAUUUUCUGAUCCUGCAAUAUUUAUCAAUAUGGCGCUCAAGUCUCAUUCUCCAUGGGGAGACUGGAAUGCCAUUGUAAUCUA